AUGACUGUACCGUUCAAAAUACCUAUUCCUGACUUGGACCAUUGUUUGGCAUUGUUAUUAGACCAUAAACCCCCUAGACUAUUACCACCUCAAACAGUUCAACAAUUAUGUCAUACGCUCAAAACACAACUUUUAUCAGUGCCUAAUAUUAUCCCCAUACAAUCUCCAAUUACCAUAGUGGGGGAUAUACAUGGACAAUACCAUGAUCUUCUUGAAAUAUUCCAAAUUGGUGGAGCACCUCCAACUACAAACUACCUUUUUUUAGGUGAUUAUGUUGACCGAGGAUAUUAUUCUGUAGAAACGAUCACAUUAUUAAUAUCUCUUAAACUUCGGUACCCUGAAAGAAUUUCAUUAAUAAGAGGGAAUCAUGAAUCAAGAACUAUCACUACGAAUUAUGGAUUCUAUUCAGAAGUAAUCAAUAAAUAUGAAGGUUCUGCAGAUGUUUGGCAAUAUAUUACUGAUUUAUUUGAUUAUUUACCACUUGGCGCAACUAUAGAUGGGAAAGUAUUUGCCACUCAUGGAGGAUUAUCCCCCAGUUGUCAAAGAUUAGAUCAAAUCAGAGCUGUCGAUAGAUUUAAAGAAAUCCCCCAUGACGGGAUCAUGGCGGAUUUGGUCUGGUCAGAUCCAGAUCCAGAAAUCAUGGACUUUAAAUUAUCUCCAAGAGGUGCAGGUUAUUUGUUUGGAUAUGAAGUUAUUGAGAAAUUUUGUCAUGAUAAUGAUUUAGUACAAUUGGUGCGGGCCCAUCAAUUGUGUAAUGAAGGUUAUGUAAGUUAUUGGAGGGGUAAGUGUCUUACUGUAUGGUCAGCACCAAAUUAUUGUUAUCGAUGUGGUAAUAAGGCAAGUGUAUUAGAAAUUAUGAAUUCAAACUAUUUAAGUGGGAAGAAUAAUAAAACUUCAUCAAAUGAACAAGGAGUACUACCAGGUCAAUUUUUCAAUGUAUUUGAGGCAUCUCCAGAAAAUGAUCAGGAUACUUUCAAUGGGAAGGGCGUUAAUGGGCUAAUUACAGAUAACAUGGAUACAUCAGGAGGUGAUUUAUUCGGGGAUUACUUUACAUCUCGUAAAAAGAGACAUACUGAGUAUUUUUUAUGA